AUGAACGAUGACGCUUCUAAAGUGGUCACUACAGUGCAUUUAUGCCAAGGGGUCCAUAUAAAAGCUCCACCGGCAUUUAGAUCACACAUGUCAAACACUGAAGGAGGAUCAACGUUUACUCUUGGCCUUGCAUGGGAACUAUCAUAUGUUGACCCUGGGGCUGAAAAUUAA